AUGUGCCCUGUAGCACACAAGGAGGCUGAGCCUGGUCCUUGACUGGUAAGGACUCUGAGUCAUUUGGCACAGAUGGAUCUGAUAUGUGCUCAGGAGGGCAGAGGGGAGUGGACCAAUUAGGGAGGUGUUGCUAAGUGGGAGGUGCCAAAGGACAUUUGUUUAUCAGCACAGAAAACGAACCAGAGGAGUGGAGCAGGAUCUAAAACAGAAGAAGAAUGUUCUAAGACAAAGAGUGACCAGAGAGGAACACUAGGCAUCCUUGCCAGAAGCCUGAAGGACACCCUGCCUAGCAUUGACCUUUGUGUCUGUAUUUCUCCUGUCUAAAAUCUGGCCAGGUUCAUUUUUUUCUGAGAGAGUCUGGUUUGUCCUUUGCAAGCCAUGUGGCUCUACCUGGUGGUUCUCCUGGGCCUGUGGAACCUCCUGCGCUUGUUCAGGGAGAGGCAGGUGGUGAGCCAUCUCCAAGACAAGCAUGUCUUCAUCACGGGCUGUGACUCGGGCUUUGGGAACCUGCUGGCCAGACAGCUGGACAGGAGAGGCAUGAGGGUGCUGGCUGCAUGUCUCACAGAAAAUGGAGCUGAGGAGCUGAGGAGCAAGACAUCAGACAGGCUGGAGACGGUGAUCCUCGAUGUCACCAAGACAGAGAGUGUUGUGGCAGCCACUCAGUGGGUGAAGGAGCAUGUUGGGAACAGAGGACUCUGGGGCCUGGUCAACAACGCUGGCAUCUCCACCCCCUCGGGUCCCAAUGAGUGGCUGACCAAGCAGGACUUUGCAAGGAUACUGGAUGUGAACCUGUUGGGCAUGAUCGAGGUGACCCUGAGCAUGCUGCCCUUAGUGAGGAAGGCAAGGGGCCGUGUGGUCAACGUCUCCAGCGUCAUGGGCAGAGUGUCUUUCUUUGGUGGUGGUUACUGCAUCUCCAAGCAUGGUGUAGAGGCCUUCUCGGACUCCCUCAGGAGGGAGCUCUCCUAUUUUGGGGUGAAGGUGGCUAUUAUAGAGCCUGGAGGCUUCAAGACUUGUGUGACCAGCAGUGACAGGUUAUCGUCAAGUGUGAAGAUGGUGUGGGACCAGGCCAGCUCAGAAGUCAAAGAGGUCUAUGGCGAGAAGUUUUUGUCAUCCUAUCUGUCAGUGAUAAACUUAUUGGAUCAAAACUGCAGUGAGGACCUCUCCUUGGUGACGGACUGCAUGGAGCACGCGCUGACUUCCUGUCACCCUCGCACUCGGUACUCAGCUGGUUGGGAUGCCAAGCUCUUGUUCCUUCCUGUGAGCUAUCUGCCCACCUUUCUUGUGGACGCCGUAGCCUAUUGGACAUCCACAAAGCCUGACAAAGCGCUGUGAAGCCUACAUCUGUUUCUGUAGUUGGGGGUAUAUGAGUGUAGCUGAGGUCAUGAAUCCUUAAGAGAAGGAAGAUUCCUAGGCUCAGUACAACCUUGUCAUGGGGAGCAACAUCCAUAGGUGCCUGACUUUUCUUCCUUCAGUAUGAACAUGGAAGACAUGGAGCCACAGGUGAAACUGCUAUGUUUAAACCAUGACUCCCAGUGUGGCUGGAAAUAGAAAGUGAUCUUCCAUGUCUCAGGGUCAACUGUCAUACUUAUUUUGUUAUUAAAGAUUUGUUUUUUAUUUAUUUGCA